AUGGAUAAAAACUGGCAUAGCCCUACCCCUAGCGCUUGUCUCAAGGGCGCCGGCAUUGCCGGUUGGGAGUGUGCCCGAGUCCUCCCGGAAACGGGGCUGAAGAAACUCUUCCAUGUGUGGGAAGCAAAGAACUAUGCAAGCCCAUCUCAUGAAACAAACCAAACCUUGGAGCUGGCACAGGUACGGGUGGGCUGCCUAGAAGGACUGCCGGUGCUUAGCUGGGUCCAGGCGUUUUGUGGCAGCGAGUCCGUGCAGCGCUACAGGCUUGGAAGAGUGGCUGGAACGCUGCCGAGAAGAUUUGACAAAACAUUUGGUCUAAAGAAUAAAAAAGGUGCAAAACAACAAAAAUUUAUCAAGGCUGUGACUCACCAGGUUAAAUUUGGUCAGCAAAAUCCACGUCAGGCUGCUCAAACAGAAAGUGAGAAGAAAUUAAAAAAAGAAGAUAAGAAAAAGGAAUUACAAGAAUUAAAUGAGCUCUUCAAGCCUGUGGUUGCUGCACAGAAAAUUAGCAAAGGUGCUGACCCCAAAUCUGUAGUUUGUGCUUUCUUCAAGCAAGGACAAUGCACGAAAGGGGACAAGUGCAAGUUUUCUCACGAUUUGUCUUUGGAAAGAAAGUGUGAAAAACGAAGUGUCUACAUUGAUGCAAGAGAUGAAGACCUUGAAAAAGAUACAAUGGAUAACUGGGAUGAGAAGAAGCUGGAAGAAGUGGUGAACAAGAAGCAUGGUGAGGCGGAAAAGAAAAAACCCAAAACCCAAAUAGUCUGCAAAUACUUCCUUGAUGCUAUUGAAAACAACAAAUAUGGAUGGUUUUGGGUCUGUCCAGGUGGAGGAGACAACUGCAUGUAUCGUCAUGCUCUCCCUCCAGGUUUUGUAUUAAAAAAAGACAAGAAGAAGGAAGAAAAGCAAGAUGAAAUUUCUUUAGAAGAUCUAAUAGAAAAAGAGCGUGCUGCCUUAGGACCAAAUGUUACCAAAAUUACUCUAGAGUGUUUUAUUGCGUGGAAGAGAAGAAAAAGACAAGAAAAAAUUGAUAAGGCUGAGCAAGAUAUGGAGAGGAGGAAAGCAGAUUUUAAAGCUGGCAAAGCAUUGGUGAUUAGUGGACGUGAAGUAUUUGAGUUUCGACCAGAGUUGGUUGAUGCAGAUGAUGAAGAAGCAGAUGACACCCAUUAUAUUCAAGGAACGGGAGAAGAUGAUGAGAUGGAAGAUCCUGUGUGCAUAAAUGAUGUAGAUUUGAACCUCUAUGUCCCAAAGGCUGUAGAUGAGACUGGUAUUACUGUGGCUAGUCCUGAGCGAUUCAGCACAUACAGUUCAAUAGAAAAAGAUGAUAAUAAAUUAAGUGAAGCUUCUGGUGGUGAUAUAAACAGCAGUGAGCAAAAUGAUUUAGAGGAAGAUAAUGAUGGAGAUGGGGAGUUGGAAAAUGGAGUAAUUGAUGCAGUUCCAGUUGAUGAAAAUCUUUUUACUGGAGAGGACUUGGAUGAACUAGAAGAAGAACUAAACACUCUUGAUUUAGAAGAAUGAAUUAAAAAGCUCAAGUGAGGAAUUAAAUCGAUGUGACAAAGUGAAAACUGACUACACUUUUUCUCCUUUUUGAAUAGAGUUCUUAAACAGGAUGUUUAUGGUUACCCAGCUGAUUCUGACGGGCACAUCAUAGGAAUAUUUUUCCUUCAAUCUCAUCUACUCCAAUCUCGACUAUGCUCACAGUAAAAUAUUCAGAGUAGGUCAGAAUUACCUGACAGAUGAAUUUGCAGAAAAUGAGAUUGUAACUUUCAACUAAAAGUAGGAAGUGUAACUGCUUUGCCAGUAUGCAAGUAAAGUGGGCAAUUUGAUACCAGGUACAGUAUAAAAAAAUCAAAGUAUACAUUCUUCACCAGAACUGCAUUUUUAUUAGUGAUUGUGUUGAUUUAGAAACUGCCUGAAGUGUUUUUAGGCAGUAUACUCUAAUGGAGCUGAUGCAGAUUAUGCUUCUUUAAGUGGUGGUUAGCUUUAUUUGAUCAGCUGGAUACUGAAGAUACAGAUUGUGAACUGAUACGUCAUACAGUACAAUAUGGUGCCCUAUGUUUAAAAUGUUUUAAACUUUCCCACCUCCUUUUGCCAACAAAACUGUAAAUAAAAACUAUCAACUUUAAAAUAUCUGUGUUGAUUUUUCUCUGUUAAGUUAGGAUAUCAUACCAAACCAUUAAUAACCUCACUUUCUAAUACAGUGAUAAACAUUUUUCUCUCCAGUCCCGAUACAGAAGUGAUGAUGUUGGCUUCAGUUAAAUUAGGGCUAACUGCAAUCACAAUUUUUUGUCUACACUUCAUGCAGCGUAAAAU